GCCUCAGAUGACUUGGCAAGAUUCUAUCAACUCCUUGGAAGUGAAGUUAUUAGAGUCACUACUGAAUACCUAUUCCCCAUCCCUGAUGCCCAGAAAUGGAACCGGCCCCCUUGUGGUGGAUGUCAACAUAAAAAUGUCCAACGUGCUUCAGGUGGACAUCCUGAAAUACACUAUCUCAUCUGUCCUCGUGCUCCAUCAGGUAAUGCUUAGUCUUUCUUAUCAAAGAACUGGGAAUCAUGUUCAAGAAUCGUUUGAAGUGAAAUGGAAGACAGAGUCGCCUCUCGUAGUGCUUCACAGUGAUGGGAAAGUGGACUUCGCGCUCCCUCUGCGCAUCGACAGCAACUGCAACUUUGAUCUCCUAUACUACCCACGAGACACCACUCGCUGCACUCUGAGCUUCUCCUCUCUAGCCAACACGGUCAAUGAGCUGGAAUUCAACGUCUCCAUUCAAAACCAGAUUCUGAAUUUAAAGCGUGAAUACCUUGUGACCGACGUGAAAGUCAGCAGCCUGAAGAAUUUGCCACAGCCUUGCUUUGUAGUGAUGGUGAACUUAGAAAACACAGGAAUGCGAGUCAUCCUCUCCGUAAUUGUGCCAAGCAUGGCACUUGUGGUAGCUGAUCUCUGUGGCUUCCUUAUCCCACUCAAAGAAAGGCUGGCAUACAUGAUCACCUUGCUGUUGGCUUACCUGGUGUUCCACACCUCGCUCAUUGGCUCCUUACCAGGCUCUUCUUCCUGCAACCCACUGCUCAGUUAUUACUACAUCAGUCUCCUGGUGUUACUAUUCCUUAGCACAAUUGAGACUGUUUUGGUGACAAAGUUGGUUACUGACAAGAGUAAUCUGUGGCUGAAUUGUGGAUGUCAGCGGGGAAAGGCAAAGGCUACCACUAUGCUACCUAAAGACCAAAGCAAUAAUCCAGAACAUACAAAAGAUCCUGGGAUAAGCGACUGUGGGACAACUGAAGAGUCAUCGCAUCUCAAGCAAGCUUCUGCCCAUGUGGACAGGCUCUUCUUCACCAUCUACUUGGGACUGGUUGUUGUGUUUCAUCUCCUGUUUGCAGCACUCUAUCUCUUUUGGAAUUGCGAAUCUGGGAAGCCUCCAGGAGAAGGCUAUUUAGAUGGAAUCAAAUGGGAACAAAAAUAAUGGUGCCACCCUUAAAGCUGUGUAAAGCCUUGCUUUGUACUAAGUUAUGCAUAUUUGCCAAUCCUCUAUCUGCAUAAUUUGCUUUGAUCUAAAGAUUUAAUGGAAAAUGGAGUGCAUU